AUGAAAGAAACUACUGAGUUAGACUUACUUUUCAUAGCGAAUUACAGUAUUGAAACACAUAUCUCUAAAAGAAAAAUAAAUUGUUGCAAAAUAAUAGACCUUUCACACAGAAAAUCUGUCAUUUUAUAUCUUAAACUAUAGUUUGCAAUAUUGGUACCAGUUCCUAUAUUGAUAAAAAUAACUCAAAUAAAUUAACUUAAAAAAAAAAUAAGUGAUUUACCAAGCUAUCUAAUCGUUGAAUUGCUUGGAGCUAGAGAUUAAAAAGGGUAAAAGCAGUACAUAAAAGUAGCAUCUAAAUAUGAAUGA